CCGGCGGGGCAGGGAAAGCCCCCGCGGCUCCUCCCACCCAAGGGGCUUUUCUCCAGUCGCCAGUGACUUUGCUCCGGGAGCGCAGCCGCCUGGAGCUGCUUUCCGCAAGGCUGGAGCGCGCGGAGCUCCUGCUCGUCUGCGAACGCAGCGGGGCAAGAGUCGGUGACCUCGGGGCGCGCCCCGUGUCCCUGUCCCCUAAUCCGAGCCCCAGCCCCCGGCCCGCGCCUUGGCCUCCAGCAUGGUGCUGCUGGCUGGGCCCGGGCCGGAGGGCGGCGGGACACGCUGCUUGUCCCCGCAGUCGCCGACGCCACCCCGGAGCGUACAGACAGGGGACGAGGACCCAGCGGACUACGAAGAGUACGAAGACUUCUCGAGUCUGCCGGACACCCGCAGCAUCGCCUCGGACGAUUCCUUCUACCCUCCUGGAGGCGAGGAGGAGUGCGGCGUGGUGUGCGCGGAGAGCGUCCCGGAGGGCGUCCCGGAGGCGGCGACCCUCCUGCGCGCCGCCUGCGCCAACGACGUGGGGCUGCUGCGGGCGCUAGUGCGGCGCGGGCCAAGUUCCGAGGAGGUACGGGAGACUGACCGCAACGGCCGGACUGGCCUUAUUGUUGCGUGCUACCAUGGCUUUGUGGAUACCGUGGUGGCCUUAGCAGAGUGUCCCCACAUUGACGUCAACUGGCAGGACAGCGAAGGGAACACGGCCCUGAUCACUGCUGCACAGGCAGGGCAUGUCACCAUCACCAACUACCUGCUGAAUUAUUUCCCUGGUCUGGACCUAGAAAGGAGGAACAUAUUCGGCUUCACAGCCCUCAUGAAAGCGGCCAUGCAGGGCAGAACGGAAUGUGUGCGAGCCCUGAUGCUGGCAGGGGCAGACAUUCAAGCGAGGGAUCCCCGACGUGGGCUGUCAUCACAGGAGUGGGCUGCAUACACAGGCCGAGCGGAGGCUGUUCGAGUCAUGCAGAGGCUGAUGGAGCGACCCUGUCCAGAGCAGUUUGGAGACAAGUACAAGCUGGAAUUGCCACUUCCCGCUGAGGCGGUUUUGAAGAAGUCAGGCUCCAAAAACUGCUUGCAGAGAUUCACCGCGUUCCUGCGGUCCACUCUGACCUCCCGCUCCAGCCAGAGCCUGGAGGAUGGAGGUGUCCUUGAUCACAUGGUCAGGAUGACCACAAGCCUCUACAGCCCCGCGGUUGCUGUAGUCUGUCAGACCGUUUGUCCGGAGAAUCCUCCCUGUGUGGGGAAACGACGCUUGGCGGUGCAGGAAAUCUUAGCAGCUAGGGACAACCUGGACGCCCAAGCGCAGGGCAGCAACAAGGUAGAGGACUCUGAGCCACAAUCCCAGAUUUUGAAGACUCCCAGAGCUAGCCCCCGGUCUCCCCAGUCGCCCGGGGGCUCGGGGUCCUCUCCUGCCCCUGUCACUCGGAAGGCCAGCCUCCUGCCUUUGCAGUUGUUGCGGAGGAGCAGCGUGCGGCCGGGCGUAGUGGUCCCCAGAGUGCGCAUCAGCAAGGCACCUGCGCCCACCUUCCAGCCAGAGCGCGCAGUGUCCAAGGGCAACAGCAAGGACAGCAUCUACCUGCAGAUCCCCAAGUGGCGGUACAAGGAGGCCAAGGAGGAGAAGAGGAAGGCGGAGGAGGCGGAGAAGAAGCGCCAGGCAGCAGAGGCACAGAAAGAAAAGCGGGCACCACGCUGGAGGAAAAGGACGUGAAGGGGCUACGACUCUCAGGGCGCCUAUGCCUGGUGUGGGGAAGCAGUGCAGGGAUACUGCUUGGGAGGCUGCGGGCGGGCGCUGUAGACAGCACCACAGAGAGGGAUGCUCCUGUCUGCCCUGGGGUGCAUGAUGCAUCACACAGCCUCCGGGCCAUUCACCUUUCCUAGAUCCACAGAGGACGGGUCCAUAUUGCUCCCAAGACAGAAUUGGGAAAAGUACGGGUGGUUUUGUUUAAAAACAGUUCCCUGAGCAUUCUAUACACUAAGAAGUCAGUUUACCUAGAAGUCACCCUUAAAGAACCCCAAUUAAGAAAUAAAAAUCCCAGCUUAUCAAAGGGCAUUUUCGCAUAAUUUUGUAUCGUUACUUAUGAAAAAUUGCAGCAUUUUACAAGUGUCAGGUUCUUUAUAUUUAGUCAGUUUUAAUACUUGUAUUUGAAGACCCUCUGUUUAAAAUGCUGUCUCUAGCAAUAAAUACUUGUAAUGACUGUGUGAAUUAC